AUGAUCUACCUAGAAGAUUAAAGCUAAAGUGAUUCAAAGCAGUUGCUUAAGGUACUUAACUGGAAUACUCUUUGCUAGAAGUUUACAGAUGCAUUUAGCUAAGUGAAGCCAGAACAUAUUGAAUGGGAUUACAGGUUUAAUCUAAUAAAGUAGCAGUUAGAAUUGGAUGAUUUCGACAUUAUCGGACUUUAGGAGAUAGAUAAAAACGAGGAGUAUACUGUGUUUCUUAAGGAUCUUGGUUAUGAAAGUAGCAUAAUAAUGAAAGUUGAUGGAAAAAUGGGCAAUCUAUUAGCUUGGAAAUCUGAUAGAAUAACCAAAGUUAAAGAAGUUGAACAUAUGCAAAUAGACUAAGAUAAUUAAGUAUUAACAAUUGGGUACUUUAAACAUAACACUUCAGGCAAGUAAUUCAUAGUCAUGAACACACAUCUAAAAGCAUCAGAUGGAUUUUAAGAUAUGAGAGUGAGCUAAUCAAAGUUUAUAGCAAAUAAGAUUAGCUAAGUCUAAAAGGAUCUAAGUCAGUUUGAGUUUAUUGUUUUAACUGGGGAUUUUAAUGAGGAUCCAGAAAAUGGAGCAAUUAAUGUUAUUACAGAACAAAUGACAAGCUCUCUUGCUUAAAUCUAUGGGGCAGAUAAGAAUCACUUUACAAGUUACUAUUUCGAUAGAAGGGAUAAAGUAUAAGUCAGAAGAACUAUAGAUUAUAUCUUCUAUACAGGCACUUGUAUCAAGCCAGCAGCGUAUUUAGGAUUGCCUAAAGAAGAGGAUUUAGAUUAUGAAGUUUGCUUCCCUUGCUAAAACCAUCCCUCUGAUCAUUUGGCUCUUGCAGUAUAUUUCAGUAUUUAAUGA